AUGGCGGAGUCGCUGCCCCUGGAGAUUCUCACCUAUAUUCUGAGCUUCUUGCCUCUGUCAGAUCAGAAAGAGGCCUCCCUCGUGAGUCGGGCUUGGUACUUUGCAGCCCAGAAUGCUCUCCGGGAGCAACCAGGCCUUACUUCCCUGGACCUCAGUGGCUGCUCAGAACUGGCCGAUGGGGCACUCCUGGCUGUGAGCCGGGGCCUGCGGCACCUGCAGAACCUGAGCCUGAGAAGGUUGCAGCGGCUGACAGACACCGGUUGCAAGGCCCUGGGGGGCCUGCGGGAAUUGCGGAGCCUUGACCUGGCCGAGUGCUGCCUGGUGAGUGGGCGCGAAUUGGCCCAGGCCUUGGGCUCCACAUGCAGAGCCUCACCCCCACUGGCCUCCCUCAGCCUGGCCUACUGCUCCUUGCUCAAGGUGAGCAUGCCACCCCUUGCCUUCCUCCACAGGGAUUCGGGCCUUGCUAUGGGUGCCUUCUUCCCACAGCCAUGCCCCGAGCAGCAGCAGGCUGCGGGCCCCUCCCUGCUCGUGCUGCGGGCUCUGCAGGAACUGGAUCUCACAGCCUGCUGUCAGCUGACUGAUGCCAGCCUGGCCAAGGUGCUCCAGUUCCCCCAGCUCAGGAGGUUGUCACUGAGCCUGUUGCCAGCCUUCACAGACAUGGGCCUGGUGGCUGUGGCCAGGGGCUGCCCCAGCCUUGAGCACUUGGCAUUGAGUCACUGCAGCCUCCUCAGUGAUGAGGGCUGGGCCCAGGCUGCCAGCUUCUGGCCAAGGCUGCGGCACCUCACGUUGUCUAGCUGCAGUCAGCUCACAGAGCAAACCCUGGACACCAUCGGGCAGGCGUGCAAGCAACUCCAGGUGUUGGAUGUGGCCAUGUGUCCAGGCAUUAGCAUGGCUGCUGUCAGGCGCCUCCAAGCCCAGCUGCCGCAGGUGACCUGUGUCCAGUCCCGCUUUGUGGGGGGCGCUGAUUUGACCUUAACACUCUGA